AUGAUUACAAAAUCUAGUACUGUACAAGUGCCGAAAUAUACGCAACUUCAAUUUCUACAAUUGCUAAUUACAAAUUUGCAGAAUUGGUGUCUGAAAAUUUUUUGGAUCGCAAUUUUUUGUGUGUUGAAUUGUUACGAUGAAGAAAGUGAAUACAAAGAAAGUUUACAAAAAUUAAGACCUAUUAUCGAAAAGAAAUUGUUUCGAAAUUUCAAAAAUCGAACGAUUUUUGAAUCUGGAUUCUCGAAACGCCGGCUUUAUAUAUUCAGAAAUGCAGAAAUACAGACAUGCAGAAAUUCAGAACUUCAGAGAUUCAGAAAUCCAGAAAUUCAGAAAUUCAGAAAUUCAGAAAUUCAGAAAUUCAGAAAUUCAGAAAUUCAGAAAUUCAGAAAUUCAGAAAUUCAGAAAUUCAGAAAUUCAGAAAUUCAGAAAUUCAGAAAUUCAGAAAUUCAGAAAUUCAGAAAUUCAGAAAUUCAGAAAUUCAGAAAUUCAGAAAUUCAGAAAUUCAGAAAUUCAGAAAUUCAGAAAUUCAGAAAUUCAGAAAUUCAAAUAAGGCUUCCAUUCGGUGGGGAAAUUUCGCCGAUCGACCGACCACCGACCGAGCUGACCGAACGGACGGCACUUGACCGAUCGGUCGGCGCGCCGACCGUUUUCGUGCAUUUGCGCGUGAACUUGUUUGCAUACACAGCAUUGCAUUUUACGAAACUACUCACUAAAUCUCUCGUUUGUCGUAAGAUAAAGCGCUUCGUAUGCAAAGCAGUAGGCAUUGAUUUGAUGCGCAAAGGCCCGAAAUCGGUCGGUGGUCGGUCGGCGGUCGACGAUUUUCGACUAACUGAAAUGGAAGCCUUAAUUCCAAAAUGCCAAUUAUUUUUCAUAAGAAGAAUACAAAAAUUUUUCAAACACUCAGAAGUUCAAAAAAUCACGAAUUCAGAAAUGCACAAAAAAUGUAUCUAUCCAUAUCUUAAUUUGAAUGCCACUUAUGCUCUUCAUUUUCCAAGAGAUUGUUCAACAAUCUGCUCAGAUUUGAGAAUAGAUCAAAAUAUCGAUUUAUCGAUGGAUCAAUUAUUUGAUUUACUGAAAAAUAUGAAGCAUUUGAUUGGAAGUUUGGCAGUUGGUGUUAAUGAAAAUUUCAAGAACAUGUAUUUUUUAUCAAAUUUGGAAACUAUUGAUACAUAUUAUCAAAUUCAAUUCAAAAUUACUGAUCAUUUGACGGAAAUCGAAUUACCAAGUCUGACAACAAUCAAUGGUCCAAGUUGGGAAAUCGCGUUGCAUGAUCGGCUCAAAAGAAUUCAUUUCCCAAAUUUGAAGAACAUCACGCAUGUCUCCGGAAAUAUCGAAAAGUUCGAUAUUUUUUUUCUGGGACAGCUGCCUGAAUUCUGCGUCAGCAGCGAUACCAUUUAUAAUUUUAUGAGGAGUCAAGGAUUGAAAACAAAUCAUGUUUAUGGAAAUAUCUGUCCACCUAACUUCGACAACUCAAAAAUUUGCCAAAAUCCAACUGCAGGAUGUGUCCAAAUAUUUGGAGAUGUCAACGUCGGACCAAUUUUUGAUAUGAAGCGUUUGAAUUCUGUGGAAAUAAUUUUCGGAACACUGACUAUCAAUGGAGCGCGUUUGGAAGAUGCAAACUUGCUGGAGAAUUUGAAAUAUAUUGCAGUUUUGAAACCCAAUAAACCUGCUAUAAUUUUUGACAACAAUAUUUUCACUUCAAAUGUUACCUUUUUCAGUUUGGAGAAAAUCCACAGAGAAGGUAUUUAUGAACCAAUACAAAUGGAUCUGAUUGUUUUCAAUUCUAAUAAUUCUGGAAUAUUGCCAAAUUCCAAGUUUUGUUAUGGUCUUGGAAUUAUUAUUGAUAAGUAUUAUUGGACUUGUGAAAAUUUGGAUUAUCUAGAAAUGAAUGCUGAAAAUCAAAACAAAGGACUCAUUUUGCCAAAUAAUUUUCAUUCUAAAAAUUUGGUCAAUUUUUGGAUUCUGGGAUUUAUGAUUUUGCACUUUCUGAAUUUCUGA